AAUUUAUAAAUAUUAAUUAAAUAACAAAAAAAAACUUAAACACAAUUUGCUUAUAAAAAUAAGAUUUACUCUAAUACAAACAAAAAAAUGGCUAGCAUUUUAAAGAAAGCAUAAUAAAAAAAUUAGAAGGCAACUAAAGUUACCAACUUGAAUGCCUUAAGUCAAUAAGAAGUUAUUGAAGAUAAGAUAGUUCCUAACAUUAUUGAAAAGAAAGAAGUUGAUACUGAAUAAAUCGAUCUUACCAGUAUCAAGCCUGAAAAGAAGGUUGAAGAAGAACCCAAAUAAGUUGAAGUUGUUCAAUAAAGCUAGGAAACUUUCACUUGGGGAGAAACCAAAGAAAUCGAUGAAUAAGAAGCUUUGAAAGCUGCUGAAUUAUAGUAAUAAGCUGCUUAACAAACUGAAAAGAAAGACGAUGGAGGAAAGAAGGUUGUCAAAUCUUGGGUUCCUUAAAAGAGAGGAGAUGAAUCCAAUGUUACUGCUACUUUUGACGAAGAAGAGAUGAUGCCUGAAUUGAAUACUGAAAAUUUAAAUAAAAAGCAAGAAAAGAAAGCUCCAGUUAUCAUUUCAAGAGCUGAAGAACCUAGCAGCUCUAGCUCAAACCCUCCUAGAUUCUAAAAUUCAAAUAAGGGAGGAUUUAAAUAGUUAGAACUAUCAGAAUAAUAAAAGAAACUUUUAGAAAUAGAAGAAAGAAAUAAAAAAGAAUACAAGAGUGCUACUAGUGGUCCUAUUACUCAAGCCCCUAGCGAUACUAAUGGCAGUCUAUUUUCUCACUCUUAAAGCAGCUAACCUCCUAGAUUUAUGAAUAAGAAGGCAGCCGAUGGUGCUAACUUUGUUCCCUUAUAAAAGACUGACUUAGAAUUGAAGUAGGAAGAGGCCUAAAAGAGAGCCGAAGAAAGACUUAAGGAAGUUAAAGAAUAAAAGAUUGAAAUCUCUAAGGGUUUAGUAAAUCCUGAAGACUCUGAAAAGAGAGAAGUAAACAAUACUACUGAAGAAUCCGCUUCCAAGCCCCUAAGAUUCGUUAACUCUCAUAAAACUAAUCAAGGUCCUAACUUCAAGCCCUUAGAAGUCAAAGAAGUGAAGGUUCCUGAAGUCUUAGAAAAUAAAAAAUACUUAACUAAAAAGGAAGAUAAACCUUAAACCAACGAAAAGAAAGAACAACGCGUUGAGAGAAAGAAAAAUUAAGAAAACAAAAAUAGUGAAGACGAAGAUAGCGAACCUGAAUAUGAUGAAAAUGGAUUCAAAAUUGUAAAGGAAGAAAAACCUAAGAAAAGAUAAUAUAACAACGAUAGCAAUAAAAAGAAGAAAGAUAACAAAGAUCAAAAAACUGAAUAGGCUGAAGAAGUUGUUUAAGCUUGA